AUGUGGUUUGCUCAAAGUCUUACUAGUACUAGUUAUAGUAAUAAUACGAACAGCAAUAAUAAUAAUAAUAAUAAUAAUAAUAAUAAUAAUAAUAAUAAUCCAAAUAAUAAUCCAAAUAAUCCAAAUAAUAAUAAUAAUAAUCCAAAUAAUCCAAAUAAUAAUAAUAAUAUGACAAAAACUUUAUCAAAUGAUGAUAUAAUUAAUAAUGGUAUUUCAAGUUCACAAUCAUAUGAUUCAUUAUCAAAUUUAGAUAUUGAAAACUCUGACACUAAAUCAACAUCAUCAUCUUCAUCACUCAAUAAACAACAUCAACGUAGUGGUAGUACAAGUGGUAGUGCAAGUGGUAGUGUUGGUAAUGAACAAUAUGAAUCAAUUAGAAUUGGUAAUGGUUCUGUAUCUGCUAUCAUUACAUUGGAGGAAAGUACUAAAGAAAGAGCAAAUUUCUAUACAAAAUUAAAACAUAAAAAUGCAAUCGAUAUAAGAAGAAGUUUAUUAAAUUUUGUUACACAAUUUUCAACAAAUGGACCAAGCUUAAUUGAAGAACAAGGUCAUACAAUAAUUACAUAUACAAGAGAAUUAGAGCAUUGGGUACUAAGUUUACCAUUAUGGGCAAAUGCAGGUGAAGCUGAGGUUGAAGGUAUUAGAGAUGGUAUUGAAAAAUAUAUUAUGGGUAAAUUAUAUCAUUGUACAUUUCCACCAGCAAGAUUAGGAGGAUUAGAAUUAACAGAAGGUAAUAUAGUUUCAGAAGGAUCAUUAAUACCAACAGAAGAAGAUUUAAAAUUAUUUAAACAUAUAACGAUACAUGGAUUUUUAGAACCUCAACAUUUAGAUAUACAACAAUUUAUAAACUCAAAUGAACAACGUCAAAAUUUAGCCAUUUCAGAGUUACGUAAAAUCAAUACCUAUAAAACACCAAGAGAUAAGAUGGUUUGUGUUUAUAAUUGUUGUAAGGUGAUUUUCAAACUUUUGAAAUCAGUUAAUCCCAAUGGUAAUCCAUCAGGUGCUGAUGAAUUCUUACCAAUUCUAAUCUAUGUAGUUUUAAAAUCAAAUCCAAUAAUGUUGAAAUCAAAUAUAACCUAUGUCAAUACCUUUAGAGAUCAAUCAAGAAUGAUGACAGAGAUAGCAUGUUAUUUCACUCAUUUGGUUUCCGCUGUAUCUUUUAUUGAAAAUAUUACAACACCAGUGGAUUUAACAAUUGAAGAAUCUGAAUUCUAUAGAUUACGUGAUAAAUUUGAAUUAGAAUUACCUUUAAAAUUACAUCCUGAAAUGUUAAAAAGAUUAAAUUAUAAACCACCAACAAAUUUACAAAUUUUAAAUUCAACUAUUAAUAAUAAUAAUAAUAAUAUAAAUAAUAACAAUAAUAAUAAUAAUAAUAAUAAUACAAAUAAUUUAAAUGUUAAAUCCCCAACAAUAAAACCAACAACAAAUGCAUCAUCAACAUUACCACCUUUACCACAUUCUAGAGGUCAUUCAAGACAUUCAUCAACUAAUAAUAAUAAUAACAGUCAAUUAAAUCAACAAAAUUUUGGAGAUAUUGAUACUUUAAUCAACAGUAAUAUCAAUAGUAAUAUUAAUAGUAAUAAUAGUCCAAGUGUUGUUAAUGAACAAUUUAUAGUUUAUCAAGAUAAUAUUGAAUUAGAAAAGAGAUAUGAAUUUUUAAAUUAUCAAACUGAUGAUAUUAAAAUUGGUCAAAUUUCAAAAUUAUUAGAAGAUUAUAAAAAAUUAGUUAUUGAAAAUAAUAUUUUAAAAUUAAAAUUAAAUAGUAAUAAUAAUAAUCUAGGUAAUAAUAAUAAUAAUAUUAUUUCAAAUCAAAAUAAUCAAAAUAAUCAAAAUAAUCAAAAUAAUCAUAGUCGUCAAAAUAGUGGUGGUGGAUAUCAUAUUUCAGAACCACCAUCUUUAUCAUCAUCACCAGCAUUAAGUCGUAAUCAAUCAUGGGCUUCAAAUUCAUUACCAAUUUCACCAAAUUUAAUUUCAAAACAAAUUAAUCAACCAUCAACUCCACCAACCUCAACAACCCCAAAUAAUAAUAAUAAUAGUGGUGGUAGUAGUGCUAUAACUUCAAAAUCAAUUAAAGAAGUAGAGGAUGAAAAAGAUGAAAAAAAAUCAUUAUUUCAAAAACAAACUGAAGAGUCAUCAUUAACAAAUAGUCCAACUAUUUCAUCUUCAUCUUUAUUAGAUUAG